AUGCGCGGAAUUCAAGGCCUAAUCUGGGAACCUUCCAUCCUCGACGCAGAUCUUGGAAUCAAGUACCGAGGCUUGUCCAUCCCCGACUGCCAGCGCCUCCUCCCCUCCGCGAUACCCGGCGGCGAGCCGCUUCCCGAGGCGCUCUUAUGGCUCCUCAUCACGGGGGAGGUUCCGACGCCUCUUCAGGCGGCGUCCAUCACGGAGGAGCUGAGGCUGCGCGCGGCGAAUGUGCCGGAUCACGUGUUCACGGUGCUUCGUUCCCUCCCGAAGCAUCUCCACCCCAUGUCGCAGCUCUCUAUUGGUGUAACAGCCCUUCAGUCCACCAGCGAGUUCGCCAAGGCUUAUUCUUCUGGCUCCGUGCACAAGACUCGUUACUGGGAGCCCGUGUACGAGGACGCGAUGAACCUUAUAGCGGGGAUACCAGUGAUCGCGGCGUUUAUCUACCGCCGGGUUUUCAAGGAUGGGCGUAUGAUACCGGCUGAUCCCACCCUCGACUACGCCGCGAAUUUUGCACACAUGCUUGGACUCGACGACCCCGGAUUUCACGAGCUCAUGCGGCUCUAUUUGACGAUUCAUGCAGAUCAUGAGGGCGGGAAUGUCAGCGCGCACACCACGCAUCUCGUCGGCACGGCUCUUUCCGAUCCGUACCUGGCGUAUGCUGCUGGGCUGAAUGGCCUGGCGGGCCCGCUGCACGGGCUGGCCAAUCAGGAGGUGCUGAAUUGGCUUCACGAAGUUCGCGAAGAGCUCGGCGAAGCCCCGACGAAGGAUCAGCUGGAGGGGUUCGUUUGGAAGACGCUCAAGGCGGGGAAAGUGGUGCCCGGUUUCGGACACGCGGUGUUACGGGUUACCGAUCCGCGAUACAUUUCGCAGAGGGAGUUCGCACAGAAGCAUCUGCCCGACGACCCCAUGUUCCACCUCGUUUCUGACCUGUUUGACGUCGUCCCGGACGCUAUGGACAUAGACGCCGACUCGACCCGCAAUGCAACGGCGACGUGUCCACCAGAUCCCGCGGCACCAAACGCGGACGAUUUGUCGUCUCCGCAAACAGCGACGGCGCGCGAGCAACGAGAGGCACAGAAGGCGGACGACGCGGCAGGUAAAGAAUGUCCGGAGCGCGAAAUAUCGAACCGCAGCAGCGAAGAAGACCCGGUCGUGUCGCUGACGCGGCGCGGAGAGGAAGGGACGCAGCGAUUGGUCGAAGCCGCGGAAGGCGUGCUGUCCACGCUGAACCUCGUCAUGUGCAACGGCGCCUUCUGGGAAGCUUCGUCUGAAACUGCAGGCGCCGGCAGUGCAAGCUCUGAGCAGCAAUUGCAUCAGCAAGAGCAGCAGCAGCGGCGGACCUCGGGAUUGCCGCCGGAUGCGGCAGCAGCAGCCAUAGAAAUGGCUCACCUUCGGUAUAAGAACAUCUCGUCAGAGCUCAGGUCGCUCCUGCUGAGGCUGCAGGAAGAGAUGGAGAAAGGGACAAAAAAUGCCGGCCGGCCAGGAAUUGACAGUGAAGGAACUCCAGGGGCAGAGACCCAGAGAGUGGGCGUUGGAUUACACCCAGAGUCUGCUGCACCAGAUAGUGCAACAGCACCUGAAGAAGCACCUGAAGCAGCGCCUGAGCCAUCUGCUGCAGCGUCAGGUGCAGCUGAGUCGCGGUCUGUAGAGGAGUUGACCGCGCGAGCAGCGACACUGAGGAAGCAAAUUCGGAGGUGCAACAUGCGGCUGAGAGCAGCAAUGGAGGCUCUGAAGGGGAUACCAGAUAAUGCCAGAUAA